AUGGCAAGUGUGGCAACGAAACUAGCCAGAGAGAAGGCAGUCUUGGAAGGUCUGGGUUCCAAUGGGAAGGCCGUCAAUUAUCUGAAACAGGAUUUUGAGGCCCUGAGGAAGCAGUGCUUGCAGUCUGGUGCUCUCUUCAAGGAUGAAGAAUUCCCAGCUUGCCCUUCUGCUCUUGGGUACAGGGAUUUGGGUCCUUAUUCCCCCAAAACUCAAGGCAUUAUCUGGAAACGGCCUCCGGAUCUAGUCCCCAACCCUCAGUUCAUUGUGGGAGGAGCCACUCGCACAGAUAUUCGUCAAGGGGUCCUGGGAGACUGCUGGCUUUUGGCAGCUAUUGCAUCUCUCACACUGGAUCAGGAAAUCUUAGACCGAGUUGUUCCCCAAAACCAGAGCUUCCAGGAGGGCUAUGCUGGGAUUUUUCACUUUCAGUUUUGGCAGUACGGAGAGUGGGUGGACGUUGUUGUUGACGACCGGCUCCCCACCAAAAAUGGACAGCUGCUCUUUCUGCACUCAGAAGAAGGCAAUGAGUUCUGGAGUGCCUUGCUGGAGAAGGCCUAUGCCAAGUUGAAUGGAUCCUAUGAGGCUCUUACUGGAGGAUCUACUGUAGAAGGUUUUGAAGACUUCACGGGUGGCAUCUCUGAAGCUUACGACCUGAGGAAAGCUCCAUCUAACCUGUAUCAAAUCAUUCAGAAGGCCCUGCAAGCUGGUUCACUGCUAGGCUGCUCCAUUGAUAUCACCAGUGCAGCUGAAACAGAAGCAAUCACAAGUCAGAAGCUGGUCAAAGGUCAUGCUUACUCUGUCACUGGAGCGGAAGAGGUUAAUUAUCAUGGCCGUCCAGAAAAACUACUCAGGAUAAGAAACCCAUGGGGUGAAGUGGAGUGGACUGGAGCCUGGAGUGACAAUGCUCCUGAAUGGAAUUAUAUUGACCCCAUGCAAAAAAAGGCUCUGGAUAAACAAGCAGAUGAUGGUGAAUUCUGGAUGUCCUUCUCGGAUUUUCAGAGGAAGUUUACAAGACUUGAGAUCUGCAACUUGACUCCUGACACCUUGUCAAGCAAUGAGAUUCAUAAAUGGGGAAUGACUUUGUUCAGUGGAAACUGGCGGCGUGGAUCUACAGCUGGUGGCUGCCAAAAUUAUCCAGCGACAUACUGGACCAAUCCCCAGUUCAAAAUCAGACUGGAUGAGCCAGAUGACGACCAUGAUGGAAGUGCAAAUCCCAAAAGAGCACCUGAACGCUGUUCGGCGAAGCAGCGUACUGCCCAGCAGCUCCUGCGGCAGGGAAUUGCCUCCGCUACCCACCUGGCUUUCAUGGAGCUGAGCCUCUGCCAGCGGCCAGGAUGUCGGAAGAAAAAGAGUGAGACGUUGGGAAAUCAAACUGAUGUUCAUCUAAGCAGAGAUUUCUUCUCAAGGAACAGACCUGUAGCUCGUUCUGACACGUAUGUCAACUUGCGCGAAGUUUCGAACCGUUUCCACCUGCCUCAAGGAGAAUACCUCAUCGUGCCAUCUACCUUUGAGCCUUUCAAAGAUGGAGAGUUCUGCCUCCGGAUCUUCUCUGAGAAACAGGCUAACGCUCAAGAAAUUGGUGAUACAGUGGCUGCAAAUCCAUAUGAGCCUCAUGUUGCUGACAAGGACAUAGACAGUGAGUUUAAGAGCCUGUUUCAAAAGCUUUCCGGAGAGGACUGUGAAAUGACUGCAAAUGAACUUCAGACUAUUCUGAACAGAGUUAUAUCAAAGAGAACAGACAUUAAAAGUGACGGAUUCAACAUAAACACCUGCAGGGAAAUGAUCAGCCUCUUAGAUAACCACGGAAUUGGUACACUGGGACUUGUAGAAUUCAAGAUACUUUGGAUGAAGAUUCAGAAAUACCUGGAGAUCUAUAAGAAAGUGGAUACUGACUAUUCAGGAACCAUAGAUGCACAUGAAAUGAGAAAUGCGCUCAAGGAAGCAGGCUUCACACUCAAUGACAAAGUCCAGCAUAGCAUAGCUCUCCGCUAUGCCUGCAGCAAGCUGACCAUCGACUUUGAUGGCUUCGUGGCCUGCAUGGUUCGCCUGGAGAUGCUUUUCAAAAUGUUCCAGAUCCUAGACAAGGAUAAGCAUGGAGUCGUCCAGCUCUCUCUGGCGGAGUGGCUGUGUUGUGCACUGGUUUAAGAAACCCUUUUGGAAUCCACUUGAGAGCUCCUCAACUUAUCUCUCUACCCAACGGUUUCAUCUACAUUUUGGUUUGCUGGUCAAUGACUGAAUAAACUUCUCUCUCUCUCUACAUUUUGAAGAUACAGGGAAGGAAACCAAUUUCUGUUUCUGGAAAUACAUUUGAAUGUAGAAUGAAAAUAAAGUAGCUAUAUAUGGGAACAACAAA